UGUACUUGACACAUGAUAGUGAGAGGCUCUGUCGGCUGCCUGGCGGUACUGGGCUUAUCUCAGUUCCUCCACAUAAUUUUCCCAAAUAUCAAUUUGUGCCUAAAGAGCACCGGCUUUCAUCCCCGGCUGGGAAUUGCGGUGUAAAUUGCCACGGAACUGACUGACAGUCUAGCGCAGCAAUAUCGCGGCGGGAUCGAUUGCUUUGCUGAUGAGACCGAUACGUCGGAAUUGCAUUAAUCAUUGGCGUUAUUAAAUAUGCUGAUGCCGUCGGAGAGCGCCAAGACUACAGAUGCGCCGUAAGGUGGCCCUACGCGUUCCGCAUACCGGCGAAAGAAGCGGUUUCUAGUGAGGAGAACCUUGCGGGCUGUACGUGCGCCGCCGGAUCGCGAGAAGCUAGCUGGGGAUGUGCCGGAAUUUCGCAUUUGGAUGCACCGGAGGCGUGUUUUAGCCGGGGAGCGGAACGCGGUCGAUACUGCUGCUCCGAACGGGCGUCGAAAGCUUAUAUUUCGCUCAGCACCUUGUAUCAAGCCUCGCGCCAAACUCUCUUCCCUCCCCCCGUACGUUCCAUGGUGUAGGGGGCCGGCUGCACCCCCUGGAGGGUCACCCCCUAAUGCUUGUGCGCUUUCCUUUGCAGACGGACCCAGGAAUACCGGUAAGAUGAGGAGAGGACGGGAGGAAUGGGAACUUUCUUGAUACACCACCUGCCGACGCUAGCAAGAUUCCGGCGGAGGAGUGGCUGGGAAAUAUGGCGCUGAAGCUCAAGCUGCAUGUACUGCGUGGCCUGGUCAUAUGUGGAUUGUUCGCAUGGCUGCGAACGGCUUACGGGAACAGCCCGAGUGAGUCGGGGGGAGAGGGCUCCUCGGGCAUGGUGAGCGGCGCCUCGCCCACGGAGUUCCUCGACAAACUUCUGGAAGGAUACGACGGACGGAUCAGGCCCUACUUCAAAGGCCCACCUGUCAACGUGACUAUUAACAUAUUCAUCAACAGCUUCGGAGCAAUUGCAGAGACUACCAUGGAUUACAAGCUAAACAUCUUCCUUCGGCAACAGUGGAGCGACCGCCGAUUGAAGUUCAGCAUGUGGAACGAGAGUCUGAGUCUCGAUCCCAGUCUGCUGUCUAAAAUAUGGGUUCCCGAUUUGUUUUUUGCCAACGAAAAAGGAGCGAACUUUCACCAAGUCACCACACAGAACCGACUCCUCCGAGUCUCCCCGGAAGGAUAUAUUCUCUACAGUUUAAGGUUAACACUGAGGCUGUCAUGUCCAAUGCUGCUACAAAGGUUUCCUAUGGACCACCAACAAUGCAACAUGCAGCUAGAGAGUUUUGGUUAUACGACGAAAGACUUGAUGUUCACCUGGGCAGCAAAUGACUCAGUCCAGCUGUCAGAUGACGUCGAGUUACCGCAGUUCGUCAUAGACGGCAUCAAAACAACAACAUGUACAAAGGUCUACAGCACAGGUUCCUACACCUGUAUACAAGCCACGUUCAACCUGGCGCGACAAAUGGGCUAUUACCUGAUUCAGACGUACAUACCCAGUCUCCUGUACGUCAUUUUGUCCUGGGUGUCCUUCUGGAUCAACAUGGAGGCGGCCCCGGCGCGGGUGGGGCUUGGCAUCACCACCGUGCUCACCAUGACAGCUCAGAGCUCGGGGACUACGUCAUCACUACCUAAGGUAUCGUAUGUAAAAGCCAUCGACAUCUGGAUGGCGGUGUGCCUAUUAUUCGUCUUCUCUGCGCUGCUGGAGUUCGCAGCCGUCAACUUCUUGUCGAGAAUGGAUAAGGAGAUACAGAGGAAGAAGCAGAGAAAGAACAGGCGGCCUGUAAAGGACGAAGAUGGUAGGAAGGAGCAUCGCUUCUCGCCUUUCGCUGCGUUCACCAUGCACAGAGGCGGGCCGCACGAAAACCACGCCGCCGACGUCGAUCUUCAGCAGCGAAGGAACUCCAAGGUGGGGCUAAAACAAGACGGCUCUCCAGCAGUUGCCAUCCUGCAGCCGAACCCGGCCCAAGCCGAGCGAGACAAGGCGAAGGAGGAGAUCAACAAAACCAGGUUCCACAACUACGCAAAGAAGGUCGACUACAUUUCGCGGACUGCUUUCCCAAUCACUUUUCUCGUCUUCAACAUGGUGUACUGGCUCAUCUACCUGGUGAUUCUCCAGAAGCCGUACGCGUAGCCGGAUAGCGACUGAGAAAGCAGCUGGUGCGUAAGGAAAAAUCAAGACCGCACGACAAUAGUGCCAUAUUAGGAACAAUUCCCGUCUUAUCCGAACGGAGUCUCUGUAAUAAUGAAAAAUAAAGAAGCAAAAAAAAGAUACCAACUUGAGGAUUUGAGGAUGUUGUCCCCGAGAAGGGAAGAUUAGUAGGAAAUUAACAAUUCUUAAAUUUCUAAACUGAAGCCGCUGAAGACUGCGACAUUUGGGCAGGACUGUACUACCGCUACAUAUACAUAUUAAUAACGCGGGGAACUGAACCUUGCGGGCCAACACAAGACUAUAUGUCUAGUACUUGACUAUGUUCUUCUUUUUGUGUAAAAAAACAAAACAACAACUUCGAGAAACCAAUACCCGUGUAGAAAGAGUGGAAACUGCUGCUCUUCGGGACAAAUGUACAAUUUCGCUCUUCCAAAGUAUAUAUAACUACGUAGAUAUCGUCCAAGCAGAAUUUCGUGAUACAGCAAUACCACGCAUGCGUCGUCGCCAUAAUAUGCACCACGUCUUCCACCAAUCGUAAGCCAUCUACCUUCCUCCAAUCGCGACGCUUCUUGCAGAGCGAGCGAGUUCCUUGAGUGAUGUGUGGAAUACCUUACAGCGGGCGGAUCAAUGCUUCCCAUGCGGCUACAGUUACUUCAACUCCAUUUCCAUCGAUUUUCGGGAAGUGCGAGAGGAAUGAAGAAUCGGUAGAAGGGCAAGCUUGCCAAGAGGUCAGCGCUACCGGGCCCGGGCAUCUUCCCCCAACUCAUCCCGCAAAUUGCAAUUUGUUUAAUUUAUACUUGGAGGACCAUGUGUCAACGGUUAUGAAAUGCACGGCAAUAAUUUCAUUAUUUUAAUGUGCGCCGGCUUGUUGUAAGAGCGUCCCGCGAGGAACCGACCGCCCAUCGCACGUACGAACUUUCGGACGAUGCCGGUACAGAUUCCCGUGUCAGGACAGCAGAUGGAGAGGAGACUAUAGUUUCCACAGCCGCGCCACCAUCUUUGUUAGGAGGGAAGCCAGUGUCGCCGCAGCCGCGAAAAUGCAAAUGAGGUGUAAGAAGAAUAUUGUACAGAGGAGGACUUUAACGCUGUAAAUUUAGCCGUCCAAUACAACAAUGUCAUUCCUCGUCGGUCAUUCGCGCUCACCCGUUAGAUAAGUAACUGUUUUCAUUCUCUACAGAGUAUAGAAUUUUAAAUAUUGUACAGCAGAUCGGAUUUUAAAAGAAUGAGGAGAGGGGGCAAGCUACCAAACGAAUCUUCCUUUUUGGACGUCUUCCAGGACUGCGCCGUCCGCCGAAAAAUUGCGAGUGAUCGAUCCAUGAGCUCCCAUCGAAAACCUGUCAAAGGGCGAAGGCGUUAAUACGGGAGCGGCCAGGCGCGAAUAAAAUAGAGUUAAUAUUCACAAGGUGCUCCCACAUAUACAUCGAUAUCCUGCGAGAGGAGCCGCUGGAGAGGAGGGGAGAGACGAGGAGGGGCGGAUUUACGCCGAGCAAUAGAGUCGACUUAUUCCUCAGACUAGGAUUGACGCCUCUCUGUCUGCAGACAACAUCUUACUGUGAACGGGCGGACGGAAUCCACUGGUCAGUUAGCGCCGCCAGUAGGGAUGGCUAAAGACUUGUGUUUCCUCCCGCUCUCGUCUAUGUACAGUGGCGGCCAUGAUGACUGCAGAAUUACGUGUAGUAAGGAAACUAGGCAUAUUUUUCCAGUCCAGAAGAUGUGUCGUGUUUCAACGUUCGUCAUGCGCAGGAGUUUUGCGAUAUGUGUGGUUAAUCGGUCGGGUAGUCUAACCUUGUUACCGCCUUUCAAGGCUGUAUACACUUUCUCACACAAAAUAGUUCGAUGUUACCAAAGAAGAUUUUUGCAGUGUAGACGACAAAGAAAAACAACAAAAAAAUAAAUAAGAAAAAUAAGUAGAGUUCAGAUCGCAAAUCCCUCCGCACUGACGAAAACCCCUGCCCACUGCAUAUAAUUAUGCUCGUAAUAGCUUCCGUAUUUCUACAUCAUGAAAAAAUUUUGUCACAAUUUCUAGGCAAAGCUUAUCUGGGGUUGGGUGGUAAGCAAUAAAUAAUGUGUUGAAGACCAUGCAGAUCAAAAACUGGGGAGUUCUACUGUAAAAUAUCUUAUAGAAACUUGGUGAGAAAGAGUAUUACCUAUUGUAAAUGAAAAAUAGAACAAGAAAAAGCAAUGAAUAUCUGAUAUAUUUGCUGCAUACGGGUCAUCACUGAGUUUAUAGGGUGGACGUGAUCCAGGUACAAGAUUAGUUUUUGUGCACUAUCAAACCACACCGCUAGGCGGCGCAGUUAGACAAAGUAAUCUAUAAAUAUUCUGGUCGCUUGUUUGGUGGCCAAUUCUAUGAACCAACGUUUUCAUGAGUUUUCCGACUUAGAUGUGUCGAUAUGAUGUGCUGUAUCCUUUCAGAGUUCCUAUAGGUUUCAGUAGGACGAGGGUCCGUCUUACCUAGUCCGUGACCAGCUACUUAAGAAAUGGUAAUAGCUAAGGGGUCCUUCCAGCAACCCCUAACCCUUUCUUGCUUUCGCUUUUUAAAUUUCCGAGUGUAAUAGUGUUGCAUUAUGGAGGUUUUCAAUAAAAUCCACCAUCGGUA